CACCUACGAAUGUCUCAGUGGUCAUCGUUGCAGUUGGAACUCCUGCGGGAAAUGACGAUGAGGUUGGAGCGUUGGACUCGAGCGUUCGACUCUUUAUGCAUAACUCAGUGGUAAACCUCGUGACUACUCUGUCCCAGAAUUUCAGUGCAGCUUCUGCUAUCGGUGGUUUCACCAUCAAUGCAUCAGCUUCGACAUUGGCCUAUCACUUUAUGUGCAAAAAGUGCAAUAACUCAUCUGAAGAGGUGUUUUCGAAAAAACAAGCCAAUUUCGCUAGUAUGUGUCAAACGACACUUGCAAACCUGAUGUGCAUUCAUAAUGGACGCAUUUACUUCUCCGAAGAAAAAGAAAUUAUACCCUAUCUCGAACAGAAUUGGGAGCUCUUGACUUCCCAACCUCGUCGAACUAACAAUUCUUGGCAUACAAAUAUACACAAAACACUCGUACACACUUGUUUUUCUGUUCAGUAUACUGUUCUAGGUGGAAUAGGCAAGUCUCUGCGCAAGGGUGGUCAGGUGUGCAGCGGCAGUACCUCCGUCGGUGCCUCUGGUGCUGGCGGCUGUGUUACUGGAGGAAAUGUCCGCUCCACGCGACGCUCUACUGCGGCAGCUGUAGCUUCUGCUGGUCUCGGCGCUAACUCCUACGGAAUUGGGUGUCAUGAGGAUAGUAAGGCCAAAAUUAGCGAAUUUGGGAUUCCUUUAGACCAUCCGGUGAACACGGAAAACUACAGAUACGCUCUAGUGGAGGUGGAUCCUCACGCGAAGGGUCGAAAACAGUGGGAUGAAUGUGAAAAUACAGCAGGAAAGCCGAUUCCAGGCUACUUCUACCGUGUUUGCCUCUACCCAAAAGUUGUCCUCUCUCUCCACGAUCGAGCACAACAGAUGAAGGUGCAGGACUCACAGACUUCGGUAACAGGUGAGAAAGGCUACAGUAUGACACGAGCGACGCACAGCGUGCACACCGGCACGUGGUACUAUGAGGCCACUAUCACUGAUCAUCCCGAGGGUUCUGCUACACGAAUCGGGUGGUCACAGCUUAUGGGUAAUCUACAGGCACCCUGUGGCUACGACAAAUUCAGCUAUUCCUGGCGAUCACGUCUGGGCACGGUUUUCCAUAAUUCUCGGGGCAAGCACUACGCAGAGUCGGGCUACACCAAAGGUGAUGUAAUUGGUUGCCUCAUCCAUUUACCAAAAGUAGCCUCUGCUGACAUGAUUCCCUCCACCUCCGGCGUCCACGCUCCUCCUCCCGGUCCCGUUAAAUACAACAAAUCAGGAGCAAGAAGCGAAUUUGUUCGUACAAAAUCCUUGAUGGAAGCGCCGCUGAUUAACUAUCUUCCGGAGACCUACAAAGAUCGGCCCCUGAUCAAGUUUCGCAACUACUAUUACUUCGAAGAGAAGGGGGAUCCACAGGCGUUGGAGAAACAGCUGCAGCCAUUACCUCAAAGCAAGAUUGUCUUUUACCGCAAUGGUGAAUGUCUUGGCGUGGCCUUCCGAGAUAUUUACGCGGGUGCUUAUUAUCCGGCAAUUUCCAUCUAUAAAUCGGCUACAGUUUCUGUCAAUUUCGGUCCAGACUUCAAGUAUCCUCCUCAAGAGCCGGAAAACUGGUUACCGAUGUCAGCACGACGUGAAAGCGCGGAGAUUGAGCAAGCAAUGGCAGACAUGAUGUACCUCCUGGCAAACGAUAGACUCAUUGAACAUCUCAUGAAGGAGUGCAACAGCCAAGCUGUCGUUAAGUGA